AUGGCGCUGGAGUUGGGGGCUUUAGCCCGGAACCCUGCCGCGGCCUGCAGGACACCAGCUCCUUCUCUGGGAAAGGAGCUUAGGCGAGCUAAGUCGGAGAAGCCCGUUGAAGCAAGGCUGCGAACGGUCCUUCACGCUGUGACAUGGGCAAAUCGGGGAUCUCCUUGGCGAAGCUUCUCAAAACUUCCCACCCAGCUGUCUGGGACAAGAUCCUUCGCCCUUGCAGUGCCUUUGGCGCCUCUGCUCCUUCGGUCAGGAGGGGGCCGGCGAAGCCGCUGCAGAGCGCAGGCCUUGUCCCCAGAGGUGCAGGAGACCUUGGCAAAGGCGGCUGCACGCUCGAAAGCCCGCAACACAGCGAGGUCCACUGCGCCGCCCUUCGACCCCGCUGAAGAGCCCGGCGUCACAGCGCCCCUUGGUUUCUUCGAUCCAGCAGGCUUCUGCAGCGGCAUCGACAAGAUCAAGUUCCGACAGCUUCGCACCUCUGAGCUGAAGCAUGGCCGCAUCGCGAUGCUGGCGGCCAUUGGCCUCGUGGGCCAGCACUACCUGCGCUUUCCCUUGGCCGUCUUCGACGAGCUGCCCAACGGCAUCGGCGCCGCCUUCGAAGUGCCGGGGCAGAUCGGCAUCUUCACGCUCUUCGGGGUGGCGCUGCUGCCCGAGUUCAGCACUCCAGAUGCCUCGAAAGAGGUGGGGGACUUCGGAGACCCCUUGAACUUCCAGAUGCUGACCUUCGGGGCAGAUCUCUCAGAGCUCCGGAACCGGGAACUGAACAAUGGCAGGUUUGCCAUGUUCGCGACCUUGGGCAUCUUGGCAGCGGAGCUGGCAACGGGCAAGGACGCCGUGGAGCAGCUGGGGCUCGCCUAG